AUGGAUGUCAGUCUAUUACCUGAUUUCAAGGUCUUGCCUUCCGAGCCUCAAUACUAUAAUCCCGACUACAAUGAAAAGACUUCAGCUGCACCGGUGAACAAUGCGAUCAGCCUGAAAACAACAUCCUCAUGGACAUACUGCGGGCCCCUCCUAAGUCUUGACCCAGACCUCUUACCUUCAUCCUUCACAACAUGGGCCGAUGCCACCAUCAACGGGUCCCUCCUCGACCCUCUACUCUCCUUCCUGGAAUUCGUCCACGACUUCCUAACAACAAACAACAUAUCCAACUACUGGAUCACCGUCCGCGCCGACACAGGCUCCCACGAAUACGACAUCCCAAGAUGGCACACAGACGACCUCUUCUUCUCACCACCACCACCACAACCACCAGCAGCAGCAGCUAGACCUCACACACACCGUCGCCGCUCCUCACUAGCCAUAUUCAACCCACUCCCACUCCCAUACACCAAAAGACCAACAUCCACCUCACGCCCAAAACACAAAACCCCAGCCCCCCACGAAGACGAAGACAACACCCACCUCCUGAAAGAUUACAUCCCCCCACCCGCCCAAAUAACAACAAGUGUCCAAAACCCCACAAACUGGAAAUUAACCACCACCCUCCUCGGCCCCGGAACCCUCUUCAUAGAACACGCCACCAGCCCCGACGCCCGCGAAACACAGCGCCGCAUCAAGCGCGCCGUCCGCGCCGAGAACCCAGGCCACAUCUGCGCCUCCGUGCGCUGUGUAGGCUGCGCUUCGGCCUCCGAGUCGGUGCGGGCCCGGCUUGCGGCGGAACUGGACACUCAUAAGGUGGUUCAGGCGCGGGCGGGCGAGUAUGUGUUUUUCCGGGUUGGGGAGGAGCUGGGCGCGGUGCAUUCUGAGCCGAGGUCGAAUGGGGAUCGCAUCUUUGUGAAUGUUGUUCCGGGGUACGAGGCGGAUUUGAAGUGUCUUAUGGCGAAGUGGGGGAUGGAGUUUCCGAGGGCUUGGUGUGUGGGUUUGCCAUUUCAGAUGGAUGGGGGUGUGCAUUGGAGGAAUGUUGGGGGGGUUUGA